UAAAAAUAAAAAUUUAAUGGUAAAGCUUCAUACCGUCGCUUGGACGAUGGGCAAGCAAAAGAGGGUUACCAAAGAAUUGGAGUCCCAGACUACUGAGAUUCCUGAACCAGGAAAAUACGGAUUCCCUGAAAAUAUCGGCAAAAAGACCGAACCCAAAUGGAGUAUAGCCAAGGAUGAGAAAAUGAAGAAUAAGCGUGAUAACCAGCCUGGCCCCCUUGAUUACAAAAUUCCUAGCUUGAUUGACGAAGGGCCCAAGUUCGGAAUAGGGAGCAAGACUUUUUAUAAUAGAAAUCCUUUGUUGACAGAGACAGGCCCUGGAGAUUAUGAUCCUGAAAAACCAAGCACUAAGGUGGCUUACUCGAUCCCUGGAAGGAGUAAGGAUCCUCAGAAUUUGGGAAUGCCAGGCCCUGGGCAUUACGAUCAUGAUAAGAAGAAAUUUAUUCCAGGUGCUGGACUUGGAAAGGAUACAAGAGGAAAAGUACCAAGGAAGCACAAAGAAGCAUCUCCUGGUCCUGGAAGUUAUAAAGUUGAGAAAUUUGCCAAAGAAAACCCUGCACCUAAGUUUGGUUUUGGAACUGAUAUUAAAGACAAAUUUUAUAAAACCAUUAAAAGUUCUGGACCAGGCCCUGGAGAUUAUAGUGAAAAGAAAGUCAUGGGAGAUGGAGUCCCAGGAUACACUAUGAAAGAUAGAAGGAAAGAUUGCAGAGUGCUGCCUGGAAAAGAUGCACCUUGUGCAGGAAAUUAUAAUCCUCAAUAUUCUCAAAGUAGAAAAUCAGCUCCUAAGUUUGCCUUUGCAAAGACAAAUAAGAGUAAAGUUGCAGAUAUUUAUGGACAUACUCCGGCUCCAAACACUUAUAGCCCAGCGAAUAAAUUUGUUAAAUCUCAAUCAGCUGCUUGGGGAAUGGGAUCUGGAAAGAGGCCAGCAUUAAGUCAGGUAUUGCCUAAUCCUGGACCAGGCCAAUACAACCCGAAAAAGGGUCCAGGAAAUGCCCAUUCUUUCACUGGAAAAUCGAAAAUGUAUAUCAAGAAAGCUCCAGGACCAGGAGAUUAUUCCCCAGAUGCUAACAACACUAAGAAGAGAGCUCCUGGAUUUUCAAUGGGAAGAGAUCAUAAGAAAACAAUUAGUGGAAAACCAUUAAAUCAAUUUACUACUUCUCCUGGGCAUUAUCAAAAUGAGAGAAAAUACAAGGCAUCUGGACCCUCAUUUGGCUUUGGGAGCAGCAAGAGAGCAGAGUUCAAGCAUAACUCAAGCCCUGGGCCAGGAUCCUACAAGAUUCCUACAAAGAUCAGAAACCUUGAGACAUAUGCUUUGAACAAGAAUGAUUUCAGUUAUGUCUAAACAGAAGAUCCCUCAAGAAGAAUUUAAAUCAAUUAAUAUAUC